AUGAACAGAGCUAUUGGAUUUGUUGCUAAUCUUAAAAACACAGGUAACCAUGCCAUGACGUUUUGGGGAUUCGAAUUUGAUGAAGAAGGAAACGUAAUUUAUGCAUAUGAAGCUGAUAAUAAUGAAUACAACGAUUUUGAUAAAUCAUUUGUCAGAAGAAGAAAGAUAAAGUAUUCAAACUAUGCUGGCGAAUAUGCCACAUUAAUGAAUACACAGUUUGAAUGGCCAAUCACAGAAGUUUAUGCAGUAGAUGCACAAAAAGCAAUUUGGAAAGAAUACAUUACCAAAGAAGAAUCUUCAAGUACUCCAGACGACGAAGAAGAAAAACGCCGUAGAGAAGAAGAAGAAAGGCGUAAAAAAGAAGAGGAAGAACAAAGACAAAGAGAGGAAGAAGAAAAACGCAAGAAAGAGGAAGAAGAACAAAGACAAAGAGAGGAAGAAGAAAAACGCAAGAAAGAAGAGGAAGAGAGAAGAAGGAAAGAAGAGGAAGAACGUAAGAAAGAGGAAGAAGAAAAGCGCAAGAAAGAAGAGGAAGAACGUCAAAGAGAAGAGGAAGAAAAGCGCAAAAAGGAAGAAGAAGAGAAAAAGAAGAAAGAGGAAGAAAAUAAAGAGCAAGAAGGAAAUAAUAAUUCUGGCCAAAGCGCAGAUCAGCAAAAGAAAGCUGAAACCAAAAAGAAGAAAAUUAUAGCAGUUUCAGCUAGUGUUGCUGCAGCAUUUGUUGCCAUUGUAAUAAUUGUCGCUGUUAUUAUUAUCAUCAAAGCAAGAAAACAAAAAAUGUCACAAAGGAUUUCAUCAUCUGGUGACCUUAAUGCGUAUUUAUUCGAAUAA